AGCAUGACCUCGGAGUUUCAGUACUGCAGCGAAGGUGGCUUCGACGAGAUGUCGAGUUCCUCGGACUCGGGCUUCGACGUGAGUUUCGUCGAGUCACCGAAACCCGAUGGGCCGGAGGCUAUGCUCUUCCCCGCGACCAACGCGGCUGUCGGCAAAGAGCCGGAGAAGAAGAAGAAGACGCGCACCACGCGCUCGAAAAGUCCCACGCAGGUAAUGCGCAUAAAGCGGAACCGGCGUAUGAAGGCAAACGACCGCGAGCGCCACCGCAUGCACACCCUCAACGGGGCCCUGGAAAAGCUCCGGCUGGCCCUGCCCACCUUCCCCGAGGACACGAAGCUCACCAAGAUCGAGACCCUGCGUUUCGCGCACAACUACAUCUGGGCCCUCCAGCAGACCCUCAACAACGCGAGCAACCCCGUCAACGGCGAGGUGACCCUCAGCGUGGGCAACGUCACCGUGAGCAUCGGCGAGAACGGCAACAUGAUCACCUCGACCGCGGGCAGUUGCGCCGUCGCCGCCCAGAAGCGUCUCGGGCCCCCCGGACCCCUCGGUGUGCCCACCGUGCCCUACUGCCCCCCCAUGGGGCCCCAACAGCAACCCCUGGACUCUUGGAUGACGCCCGAGUACGACUGCUACUCGAGCGACCAGAGCACCGUCAGUCCACCCCAGCACGUGCCCGUCCACUACGACCCCACCCCUCCACCGGCACCCCUGCCCCAGCAACAACAGCCGGCCAUGCACAUGUUCCAUCAGCAAUCGUCCGCGGCGGUGCUGGAACAACACCACAUAGUCCCAACGGCGAACCACGUGCCGUACACGCCGGCCGGCCCGACGACCACGACCAUCGUACAGGCCUGCUACGACCAGAGGAUCUACCAGUUUGACCGCCAGGACGUCUACCAGUGUCUCUAG